AUGUUCAAUCUCCGUUUCUCAGAAGACCAGGAACAACGAUGCCUGAUAGCGUUUGAUAUUCCAGCUUCUCAAGGCUGGUUCUCGUUUCGACGAGAUUCCACAGUUUACCCACUUAAUCAAAGAGCUCAAGCCUCUGAAACUGGCAUAUAUACAUAUCGUGCAGUCAGCCCCCAAGGUAACGAAGCUCCUGAACCGAAGGAGAGAGUCGAUUUUGCCGUAGAUGCGUGGGAUGUUUUCGAAGCUGCAGACAAGGAGUAUCGGGACGGGGGUGUUGUGAUUGCAUUCGGAAAGCGUUUCAUUUCUACUCUGGAUCUCGUCUUCAUGCUCAGACAUGCAGUAGAGCUGAAUUCUUAUGACCGAAGCACCUUCUACACACCAAAGGUCGGAAUUGGAUAUAUUGAUCGGCCAUUCAGCAAGGAGUUCGAGCGGUUUAGUAAAGCCUCGAAGCUGGCAGAGAUGCAUCAAUAA